UUAUGAGAUAUACAUUGGAUGCCUAUGGUGAUUGUUUAUAAGUUAUGGUGUUUAUUACGUUUUGAUCUUGCCUUCAAAAAAAGUGUCAAGCGCAGCAAGAAAACAGUUGUAAUGGCUUCACCGAUACGAAGAAGCGGUAGAUUGCAGCUUGCAGAGAUUAAGAAAAGGCCAAAAGUACACGCAGAGCAUGUCGACUUGGGUGAGGAUGACGAAGAUUCUGUGGAAGAUGGUGGUGCAAAUGGGAAUGAGAAUGCUGGUUCAGAUGUGUCUGGAGAUGAUGAAGUGAGUGGGGGAGAUGAUGAUGGGAGUGUAGAUAAGGAGACUGACAGUGAUGAUGCAUUUGAAGACCCACCACGGAAGACGUCAACUGACCCAUCACCGAGCACUUCGAGGAAGAAUGCAGGAACAGAAAAGAAACGAAAGAGGCAGGGGAUUACAAAAUUGAAGGAAAAGAUCAAGUUAACUGAACUUCCUGCGAAACUAGGAUUUUGGGUGGUAGAUAAAUUCAAUCCUAGGAGUAGCAGUCUUGAACUUGCAGAUGGAACAAAGGUGCGUGUGACGGUCAAUGAUAUUAGACAUGUUUUGGGUUUGCCAUGUGGGCGGUUGAAGGUAUUAAGCAAAAAAAAAGGUGAGAAGUGUGAUAUACUGGAGCAGUUGAGGGUUGAGAUCGGAAUGAGGGACAACAGGAUCAGCCCUUUAGAGCUUAGUGAAAAGGUACUGCAAUAUACUGAUGGUGGUGUAUGGUUUUGUCGUCUUUUCGUGUUGUUAGUUGUGUCUGUUUUGGUUGAAAGCCCAAGCCAUGGAUAUGUAAACAAUUGGGUUUUGAAAAGCUUGGAGGAUGUGGAUGGGAUUGCACAGUUAAACUGGUGUGAGUAUGUGCACCGAUCUUUGACUGAUAGUAGAGUGAAGUGGGAGAAGGGGAAUAGGAAAUACUAUACUGGACCACUAUUGUGCUUGAUGGUGUUCUACGUUGACCGAGUGGUGCUCUAUAGUAGAGACGUAGAGAGAAUGUCGCUUGCAUUUCUGGGAUGGACAUCUAAGAUCCUAAGGGAUAGGGAAAAUAACGAGGUCAAAGCAGGUGGAUUCGGGUUGGGGUAUGACGAUGGUAGAUUUCUGGGUGAGGUGAUGGAUGUGAGCUCUGGUGACGCAGUUGUUGGUGCUUGUUUAGAACAGGUUAAUGUCAAAACUGGUAAUGGUGACACGGCAGAACCAAUGGGAGAGGCGAGGGAUGAUCCGGUAGAGGUUUUUGUUCAAAAGUUUGCAGAAAAGGGGAAAGUACUGGCUACCACAAUCAUCGACCUAGUGUCGUUGAUUGAGAGUGCACCACCUGGUACUAUGGAGAAUGAUGUGUUCAAGCAGCUACAGCAUGCAGCGGGUAGAUUGUUAGGUCUGGCACAACGUAGAGGCGGUUUGAUGGCGACUGAAGAGGCAGUGCUGGCACGUUCAAAAUACAAGAAGAUCAUGGAGGAUAUGCCAUCUUUCAGUCUGGGGUUCUCGCAAAUGGAUGGUGUGAAUGAGAAUGUGAAUAUUGAUGGUGGUGAUAUCGGUGCUUUCAGAAAUACUCCUAGCACUCCAGCAGUUCGGGUAGUGAAUGAGCCGGAGAGUAACCCUGUGGUUGAAAAUGUUUUCAUAACACCUGAAGAAGUGCAUUAUCGUGUGGGAGAUGCAGUUGAUAGGGAUUUGGCAGGUGAAAGUAGAAAUCAGCCGGAUAGGCUUGGAAUGGCAGCGGUUGCUGGUGUGAGUGCAGUGGGUGAUGUAACUGUGCCAGGAACUGAUCCAGUAUCUUCAAAAGCAGUGAAUCCAAAUGCUCCAAAGGAUGAAGCUGUUUUCGUGAAGGAUGGAUUUGAGUUAACAAGAGGUGAAAUUGCGUCGUUGGACAUAGGGAAGCAUAUUUCAAAGAGGGUGAUAGAUGUGUGGUCAAUAAUACUCAACCACAAUGAGAAAUUCAGAAGUGAGGAAUCCCCGUUACGUGUGUUUGCUAGAAGCAUGGAUUGUGUAGCAAAUGGGGAUAUAGUCGAUGUGUCUGAGGCAAACGUGAAGAACAUGUUUGCAAAUGCGCUGCUUCCUGCAUGGGAUGAAAUGGCAGAUGAUUUCAACUGGGGGAAAGCUGAACUGAACUGGGCAUAUGUGUUGUGUGUUGACCUAAAGAGCAGACGCUGUGACAUCUUGGAUAGCUCUUCAGCGAAAGCAAAAACCGAAGACAGAUAUGGUGACAUGCCAAAACGAGUUGUGAGGUUGUUGGGUGAUUUUCUUGAGCAGCAGAGGUUUGUUUACAAAGGUAAAUGUGUUAGAGAAAUGGUUGCUAAGAGAAUUACGUUCCCUUGGAGAGAUCCGAAGGCUACGUUUGACUACGGUGUGGCAACUAUGCGUCAUAUGGAGACGUAUAUGGGGGAUGGUGGCAAAGGAUGGAACUGUGGCUUGUCAAGGUUAAAUUUGAAACCUCUGAUGGCGCUGCGAUGCAAAUACUGUGCAUGUAUACUUUUAAGCCCAAUUAAUGCACUGUUGGACAAGGUUUACGAAGAGUCGGAGAAACUCGAAAGGGAGAGGAAGGAAAAGGGUCCUAAGUGAACCCACCCCUGGAAUGGCUGCACCUUACCUUUGUGUUUUUAUCACUAUUUUAAUUUGUUUUUGGUCACAUUUGGUGACACAGUUCAUUGGUGGAAUUAUUUUUUGGGAACAAGUAAUCAGCCCAUAGUUGGGUAUUUCUGAUUUUCUUGAGGCAGAGGUUUUUUUGGAAUAUGGUGUGAAUGGUUAUGGUUUUUUAAAUGAAGGUGUGGUGUUGCU